UAAAAAUCAGCUGUUAGCAAGCCAAGAUAUUAGCAAAAAAAGGGCACCACUCCGGAACAAUCAAGGUCACUACGUUGUGUGCAGAAGGUCAUAGUCAUUGUAAGUGAAGAUCCGAGUCACAGCUUUCAAUUCAAGACAGCUCUGAUCUAUCAAGUAUGGCCUCGUCAGCGGACGAACAUUCUGCCUUGAAACGAAACACGGUCCAUCAGACAAGACUAAGCCUUGAACUACAACAACUAGAGAAGGAUAGGUCAAUUCGCUUGCGUGAAAUGGAAAAAGCUUCCCAAGUGUUUGCUAGGCGACAGGAACAAAUUCAUUUUAUACGGGACAAGGCUUGCUUACGAAGGGCUACUAGCGCUCCACCGGCUAAACAGACAUCAAGAAAGCUUCCAUUGGUCGGAACUUUGUCCUUUGAAGGAAGCAUCAAUGAAGAAUCGCCAUUCGUGACCAAGACGUACACUAAGCUGGGAGGCGAACGAGGUGAGCGUUGCGAGUCUCCUAAACGACGAAUUCACAGAACGAUGACAUCCCCUAAUAUGGUACCCGUAACCUCAUCUCAAUAUUCAUCAAGUUCCUCUGUUACAUCUACGCGGCAAAGAAGUGCAAAUUGUAGUACAAAGAAAGAAAUCGGUUUUGAAAAAACGCUUCAUGAAAACCCGGCUAAAGAGACAAGACUACCUUCUUAUAGCAGAAACUUCUCGGGCCAUCGCCAACGCGGCGAACCAAAUGUGAAGGGAUUAACAGGAAAACCCUUUCACGAUUUCAGCUUGGAGAGGGAUAGAAGAGAUUCCUUACCUUAACAAGAAACAGCUAACAUUGGUGAAAUUAUCGAAAAUUACUGCAUAAAAACUCUCUGCUGGGGCGAAGACAUGUCUUUUUUCGUGGAGAUACAAGCUAGCCUGGCAUGGGAGAGCGUCUUUGAAGGCCACUUCAUCGUUUUGUAGAGCGGGCUUUUUGCUUGAAACGCGGGAAUACGAUAAUGAUGUGAACAGUUUUUAAACUUGGGGUUUACAGCCAAAAAGUGUGGAACUUUAUAGUACUGCUGACCGAAUGACUAAGUUGAAAUUGUUUGUCAGUUCGUGCACCGGAUAACUGGCAAUAUCUCUACCGUGACUGAGUGUUAUGGCCUUUCUUUACAGGAGAAAAAUAGAACUCGUUUAUUUAAUGGUAUAUCGAUUUUUCGAUGAAUAAAUGUUACCAGGUUAUACGGAAACUCAACGUGCGUGUGGUGUUAUGGCAGACAAAUGACAGACUGCGUGCUCAAAAUGUCGACGAAAGACGAGGACCUUUAUAUUUUUCGUCAAUUGCGUGACCUUCCUUAAGUAUUCUUGAGCACGUAUAUUAUUGGCAAAUAAUUUAAUGAGUUUGUUUUCUAUAAUAGUGACAACAAGAGAUUGUUUUGAUUUCCAUAAAACUGUAUUUUAAAUGAAUAUUGCGAAAUAAUAUAAGUGAUGCGUUUAGCUUUUGCGUAAUAAAAAUGAACUUAUGUGGUCUUUUAGUUAGCCACCUGAAGCGAGACAACGCCAAAAAAAAUAUAUAUAUAUCUAAUUUCAAAAACAAUCCAGUCAAAGAGUGAAAAACAAUGAUCAUUUAUUAGAGGACAGACAUAACAUGUGUACUGUAAACUGACA